GCAGCCACGGAGCGUCACUCAGAACGAUCUCCUCCAGCAGUUUCUCAACAUGACUCAACUGUCCGACGUGGAAGAGUCCCAGAAUGGUGGUGGCCCGUCGACCUCGUCCGCACAGCUGCAAAUGGAGGUGCCCCCUCCCCCUGCUCAGGUCCCGACUCCAUCGACACCCAGGGCAGCGAUUUCCUCGUCAAGUACCGGGUACACACCGCCGUCUGGAGCGGCAAACUUCUCAAAACGACGCGUAGCAGGGAGCUGGAAGGCUUCGCCUCGCGCAUGAGGCUCACGAACUGUUUCACGAAAGACGAACGACUGGAUGAAUACUAACGCUAUGCCAUCGCUUGCUUGGGCUAUAAUUAUCAACUUACACAUUCAUCGUCCGCGCGCACCUGCACAUCUACACCAUUCCCCCGGUUCCAGCUUUGCAAUCCCUGUGUACAUUUCCUCACGCGGACACUUCCUCAUUUCCCGUGCCCCAUUCCAUUGCGCUUCACUGCUUGUCCUGCUUUGUGUCCCGAUUUCUUCUUUUGUCUGGUGUUUGGCUUCCUGUUGUUUGGGUCCCUCUCGGGCGCCAGUUGUUUCCCCAAGCAUGUCCGGCGUCGUUUGCUUCUCCGGCGUCAUGGCAUUGUUCACUUAUUGGUAUCUGCAUCUGACGACGCUCGCAUCUCAUCUUCCAUCGCACUUUAAUUCCCCCAUCUCCGUUCCAUCUCGGUGCUUCCCCUCAGGUUCCGUCUUUCCACCUCUGCCGUCCCUGUCGAAAAGAGCCUGGCUGAGCCCGGCCCUGGCCUCCGCUGCUCUGUACCCUCCGCUUAUGCAUGCGCCCUUCCUGUCUAUCGUGCUGACUUCCGUAUAAUCGCCGUUAUCUGUACCAAUAGAUCGCAUUGCUCUCGCGCUCGUCGCACGCCUGUACAUACUAUCCCUCCGGAAGUCAAUCCAAACCUUGCAUCUCCCGUUC